AUGGAAGUACCAAAUAGUGAAGAAGUCGAGAUGCCAAUCCCUCUAAACAGCACAUACGGCCAUGGGCACAUAACCCAUCAUCCAAUUAUUGCCGCCCCACAAAUUCCUCUCGAAAAUCAUCAAUCGAAGCCCAUCCGCUACCGGGAGUGCCUCAAAAACCACGCGGCCGCCAUCGGCGGCAACGCCACAGACGGUUGCGGCGAAUUUAUGGCCGCCGGCGCCGGCGCCGGAGCCCUCACGUGCUCCGCCUGCGGCUGCCACCGCAACUUCCACCGCAAGGAGACGGACGAGCACACCAAUUUUUAUCCGAGGAAGGUGAUUUUAGGGCACAAUUACGAGGGCUAUCAGAUUUCGUGCAGGCCACAACAUCACCAUGAGGUGGGAUUGGGGAAUAAGAAGAGGUUCAGAACGAAGUUUACUCAGGAGCAGAAAGAGAAGAUUUUCAGAGGCAUCCUUGGAUCUGCUGUUAUGGGGACUGAGGCAGAAUCAGAGAACACCGUGUUUGCUUCACUUAAGAACGCUUUCCAGUCGAACAGGCAAGAAGGAAAUCACAUUUCAUCUGGUGAAGGAUCUCACACCAGAAUGAUUUCACGCAAUGAAUCGGUGAUGUGA